AUGUUGUUAGCAUUAUACAAUUCAGUCCAGCAAAUAAGUUUCUAUAAAAAUUACUGUUCUGGGAAACGUCAGGGUGCUCUUACACUGUACCGAGCAGAUCGAUAUCCCGAAGAUGCGCUGGCCCCUGUUACUUUCAUCUGGAAACCUAGAAACCGGUCUGAUAGCACCUCUGAAAGCAGGCAGCUGUGGAUAUGGACACACCCAGCUUUUAAGCAGGACAUACUAACUGAAUUAAAAGCAGUUUUCCAGUGUUCUGAGCCCAUAGAGUCCUAUAAUCCUGAACCGGUUAUAACGUUACCUGAAGAAGAAAGCAAAAUGGAUGAAGUUGAAAAUGUUGGCCAGAAAAGGAAGAGGAAAGACAAAGGAAGAGAAAGGGUUGUCCCAGUGAAAAAAAUUCUUAGUGAUGGAACCAGAGAUCCCCACAAGCCUUACUUCUGGACAUCACAAACAACUGGGGUUGUCAUAAGUGACUUGACAAUGGAGAUCCUCAGGUAUCGGUUGAUUGGUCCCCUCUCUCACUGUGUCCUUACAGAGGCACUGAAGGUUGCAUCUGUCCAUACUGAACUGGAUUCUACAGAGUCUGAAAUUAACAGUUGGUGGAUAGAAAACUGCAGAAAUCCUGAUCAGGUAUCCCUUCAUCGCCAUCAAGAAACCAUCUUUGAACUGCUGCAAGGGUUAAGUUCAUCAGAUAUUCCAUCAGGUACUGUACUAGGUUUGACUGUUGGGGAUCCUCGAGUGAAUUUGCCAAAAAAGAGAUCAAAAGCCAUGCCAAACCCAGAAAAAUAUCAAGAUGAUAAGAAUGUUAAAGAGCUCCUCCUGGCAGGUGUGCCCGCGGAAUGUGCACAGAGCUUUCUUUGGAACCACCAUAUCUGCAAGAGUGUCACAGACAAUAAAAUGCCGGAACAGGUCUUGAAUCGUCUGAGAAGUCAACUCUUGGUACCUGGAUCACGUCUUGAUUUGGGCCCUCAAGAAUCCAAGGUUCCUGUACUCCUGGUCCAGCAUCCUGGAAAAACAGCUGGAGUCGAUCGGCCAGGAUGGGGAAGUAGCUGGGACAUCUGUUUGCCCAAAGGCUGGGGCAUGGCUUUCUGGCUUCCUUUUGUCUAUCGAGGUGCACGAGUAGGUGGCUUACAAGAAGCUCUGAAGCAUUCCCUGUACAAGCGUACACCUCAUGUCCCCCAUGAUUAUCCAGACUGUCCCGCUGGCCUCCAGUCUGCCAAAGAACUAGAGAUAAAUCUUCUUGAAAAGUUUAAGAGGCGUCCUCCUGCAAAAAGAGCUAAUUAUGUUAAACAUGGGACCUUGACACCAUUCCUCUGUCCUUGGGAUAAGCUUACCCAGGACUGGGAAGCUCAUGGAAACGAAGCUCAAGGAAAACACAUCCCCCCAACAGCCCUAGACAGUGAAGCUUGUGCAAGUGAUGCACAGGUUUCUUGUGGCCCCAGCACUGAAGCAGAGGUGGUGACAUCUUCUAUAACCAGCGAAUCAGAUCAGCUAACGGAGACGUGCUCCCAAAAUGUGCAGAUGGAAGAGGAAAAAGUGGCUGCAUCUCUCUUGGAUAGCAAAGUCACAUCAAGUUGGGCUUUCUGUGUUCUCAGGAGCAGAAAAUUAUUAAGGCAGGUUUCAGUCUGGUGUCAGCCUACAUCCGCCAGAAAUCGGAAGAUCCAGCGCCUUGCUUCCAAACCAGAUCAGAAGGCGCUGGCAGGGGAUGCCCUCUUGCCUAUCUGUCUCCACUAUCCCAGGGCACUAGUGUGGGUCAGCAUGUCCUUCCUCAAAAAAGGUAGCCCCGAAUUACACAGUAUGAUUUGCGUUCCAGCGAAAGAAGACUUGUUAGAGCUCUGCAAAGACCAGCACUUCUGUGGACCUCAGGAACCCAAACACAGGGAUCGAUUUAAGAGCAAAGUGUUGAAACAAAAGGGAAGGAAAAAGAGAGAGCACGUUGGAAAGGCCACAGAAAGUAGUGCUUCCAAUGCCAUGAGUGUAAUGCCAGCUGAACACGAAGAUCUCAUUCUGGGCCUGUGGCCUGACUCUCUGCCAGAAGUUGCAUCGCAUUGUUCCAGAGUCCUCUUGGGUUUUGUCACUCAAGGGGACUUCUCCUUAGCCUCUGGCUGUGGUGAAGCUCUGGGGUUUGUUAGUCUGACAGGAUUGCUGCAAAUGUUGAUUGGGCAACCAGCAGACAAGAAAGGGCUCGUGGUGUUAAGAAAUCCAGCAUCCCUACAGUACAGAUUUGCUUGGCUUACUGUUGAAGUCUAACCUGAGUUGAAAUGCAGUGGCAUGUAAGAGGAUCAAAGACACUCUUCUCUGAAAGUGUACACACUUCUUAAUUGAGAUUCAGAGCUUCCAAAAAUGUUCACCGACUUUGUUCAUAUGUAACAUGAAAUAGACUUAAACUGUUAUGUACAUUCAGGUAUCAAGUAACCCCUUCCCUUAUUCAGA